AUGUUUAACAAGCACUUCCAGAACAAGUGUCUGAAUAACGGCCACGUGACACAUCGCAAUACCGUGUGUGCCCACCUCGAGCUUAGACAGCUGACAGACAUUGAUAAGCAAAGUGCCCGAAUCGAAACUUGUGGAGUCAGGUUCAUCAUGUUUUCGACGGUCUGGAAGCCAGAGAUGGUAAUGUGUGAUGUCGAGUUUGGGAAAACCCUCCAAGAGCGGGAGUUCACAUUCCAACAAGGAACUGUUCCACUCAACCAUGGGUCAUACGGCGCUGUUGCCAGACGCAUGCAGGAAGUGCAGAGAUGCUUCCUGACGGAGAUGAACGCCCAGCCCGACCUAUGGUUCCGAGACAGCGUUAACAAGCAUUGGGACGAGUCUGUUAGGGCGGCGGCCCGGUUCUUCAACUGUGAUUCCCAAGACAUAGUGUUUGUUACCAACGCUACAGAGGGCAUCAACGCUGUGCUGAAAUGCUAUGAUUUCAAAGAAGGCGAGACAAUCUUGUCCACCAGUCUCACAUAUGGAGCAGUAGCUCUCACAUGCAGGGACGUCGCUGCCCAGAAUCGAGUUAUCAAGUCCGAGGUUCUGGAAAUUCGGUUCCCGAUUGAGAGCGAGGAAGCAGUGUUAAGACAGUAUGAAGAGAUUUGCAGAAUCACCCCAAGACCAGAAUUGUGGUGAUAGAUCACAUCACAAGCCCGUCUGCUGUGUUGCUCCCUGUGAAGAAGUUGGCGAAGAUUUGCCACAAACAUGGCGCUCUCGUGUUGGUUGAUGGUGCGCAUGCGCCCGACAUGUUCCUCUAGAUUUGGAGGAUCUCUGCGUCGACU